AUGCAUCUUGGAGCUCGGCAUCCCUAUCUCCAUCAACCAGGCAAGUGGUGCCACGCCCAAGGAGAACCACCAGGUCCCUCUUCCAGCACAACCAACACACCACGCCUCUACAGCCAGGUAGCAGCAAGCCCCAUAGUGCCAGCAACCAGCACAACGUCGCAGCAUCCGGCGACCACCACCACGGCAACACGACAGAGGAAAAAUGGACGUUCCACGAGAAGAAAUCCGGAGCCGCCUCCGCCCUGCAGUGUCAGCCAGCUGGAACCAUCCAGCCCUACCCGGUCGGCAAUGCCGCAAGCAGGUGGCACCCCACUGCCACCACCAGGUAGGACCAAUCUCUCUAACCUUACUCCUACGCAGACCUCAACUGCCACAGAAAACGACACUACGGCACUACCUGCAAGACCCACACCACCUCAGCAUCAGGACCCUCGGCCAUCGCCCGGCGCUCUGUCAGCAGAACAACCACCGACAGCCAUACAGCCGCCUUUGGACUCCAACGACAGCCCCCCUCAGUGGGUCACAGCGUGGGCAGACCGCUUCAACGCUGUGCUCGACGAAGAUAUGCUUGAGAGCGUCCUACAUGACUUCAUGAGGUUAACCUAUAACAUAUGCGACAUUCAGGGGCCAAGAAGGAACCCGAACAACACCUCGGGCCGCAAUCCCCCUCUCCAACUCGAGGCCAGCAACAUCCAGUGCCUCUAUCGCACUAAUAGGAAACGGGCGUUUGAUCGCAUUAUCGGAGGCAAAUCCCGCUUUUGCCAAGGGAACCCAGAGACAAUCUACCGUCACUUCAAGGACAUUAACAAAAACUGCCUGCUUAGAGAUGCAACUCCUGUUCCCAUAGAUCCAGAUCCAGCCCCUGCAACUACGACGGACCCAAUCAAUAUACCGUUCAUGCCAGAAAAAGUGGCUGUCCGUAUCGCCAAGGGCCACAAUACUGCUCUGGGCCCUGACAAAAUCCGUUACCUGCAUUGGAGGCGGGUGGACCCGAGGGGCAUUAUUCUUGCAGCUCUCUUUAACUCGGUACAGAGGAUUGGAUACAUCCCCCAAGACUGGCAGGAAUCCACUACUGUCUUGAUUCAUAAAAAAGGGGACCAAGCAGACCUAAGAAAUUGGCGACCUAUCUCACUCUCCAACACCCUGGACAAGCUCUACACGGCCUGCCUGGCGGAUAGGCUACUAAGGUGGUGCGACACAAAUAGUCGUAUUUCCACCGCCCAAAAGGGGUUUUUACACUAUCAAGGCUGUGUAGAGCAUAACUUUUUGCUCAAAUCAAUUAUCCAGGAUGCCAGGCAUACCCGUAACGAAUGCUAUAUAGCGUGGCUGGAUAUUGCUAACGCAUUUGGCAGCAUUCCCCACUCCAUUAUCUGGGAAUCACUCAAAUGGCAUGGCCUGCACCCAGACGCCAUCGCCACCAUCCAGCUGCUAUACGACAAAUCAACUACCAGGAUCCGCACUCACACUGGCCUAACUAAACCAGUUGCCAUGCUAUCAGGUGUAAGGCAAGAAUGCCCCAUCAGCCCGCUCCUUUUCAUCCUGACAGUUAAGCCUGCACUUCGUCGUCUCCAGGCCCUAGCAAAAGGCUACACUAUCCACGGCCACACGGAUGACGCCCUUGCCUAUGCUGACGAUGUGGCGUUGGUAAGUAACAGCAGCAAGGAACUCCAAGACCAACUUGAUUCCAUCGCUGCCUGGGCAAAAUGGGCAGGCAUCAAAUUUAACCAUGCAAAGUGCGGCACUCUGGCCAUACUAGGUAAGUUGCACACUGCACGUACCAACGUAUUCUCCCUCGAUCAAGCGGACCUACCGAAACUUGGCAACAACGACGCAUACAAGCACCUUGGGGUCCCCACCAGAUUCUCGAGAUGCGACACAGAGGCAUCCACCACCGAUGACAUAAUACAAAACAUAAACAAAAUCGAUGCAUCUCAUUUGGCGCCCUGGCAAAAACUCGACGCGCUCAACACCUUCAUCAUACUGAGACUGUCCUUCAGCCUUACUACGGGCACAACACCGAAAAAGAUGCUCGACAAAAUAGAUAGAAUCCUCAAGCACGUUGUGAAAAGAUGGCUCAGUGUCCCACAACGGGCAAGCGCCGAAAUCGUAUACUUGGCCCACAAACAAGGAGGUGCCAAUGUGACUCCAUCAAGUCUCCUCUCCGAUAUAUCACAGGUAAGCCAUGCCAUGCACCUAUUUCACUCCAAGGACAACAACUUCGUCAACGUCGCACUUGGAGCCUUAGGUGACGUGGUAUCACACAGGAUAAAGCGAACUCCAACCACUGAAGACAUCUGCCAAUACUUAGACGGGUCCACGGAGGGCGACCUAGCAAACCCAUCGAAGGAUACCACCUCCAUAUGGACCCGCCUCAGGAUGGCCACGAGACGUCUAAGAAAUAAUAUCAAUAUCACUUGGACCAAAGGGCCCGACGUCGUCCCCACCAUUGCUGUCGAUAACAACUGUAUCCAGGUAAGAGGCUGCCAACACACACUGGACAAGCUACUGAAGUUCCAUCAUCUCCAAAGACUGACGGUGAAACCAGACCAAGGUAAGGCCUUCAAGAUCACGGCCUCGAGUAAAGUGAGCAAUCACUUCCUCAGCAAUGGCCAGUACACCCGCUUUUCAGACUGGCGCUUCAUACACCGCGCCAGGCUGAGUGUGGUUGCAUUACGUGGCCACAAGCGCUUUGGAAAUGAAGCUGAAACCUGCCGCCGAUGCGGCUUCAUUCGUGAAACUCUAUCUCACGUACUGUGCCAUUGCCCGCCGAACUUUCGUCUCAUAACACACCGUCACAACGCCAUACUUAAUAGGCUCGUGAAUGCUUUUCAAUCAUGGGGCGCCACAGUACAGGUGAACCAACGUGUUCCCGGUUUCCAUGAGAACUGCAGACCGGACUUGGUCAUUCUCCACGAAGAAACAAAAACUGCAACUGUAGUAAACGUUACUACCCCGUUUGAAAACAAACAGCCGGCUUUCAAUGCAGCGAGGGAAGAAAAAGGACACAAGUACCAUAACCUCAUACAACAUCUUCGUAGCCAGGGGUACGACAAGUUUUUCGGGGCUUUUAUAAUUGGUGCACUUGGAGGAUAUGACCCCAUAAAUGAGUCCAAUCUCCAACGUCUUGGCAUCGGCCGUCGAUAUGCCAAUAUGAUGAAAUGA